GCGCAGGGACUUCAAUGUGAAGCCUGUCGGUGGUACAAGAAGGAGAACACGCCCGGCAUGUUCUAUGCCCGGCUUGGAUCCAAGGAGGAGGCAGACGAGCUUCUCGCUGCCAAGGAGAUUCUGAUCGGGGGCGAGACUGCGCAAGUCUUCGCCAUCAGUCAGAAGGCUUCUCAAAAAC